AUGACUUCGAAUGUUGGAGGUACUGUAUCUGUUAGAUGUCGGGUUGGAGAAGCUGCUGCUCUGCACAUACUUCGGAACUUGACCGAGACAGACACUGGCGGUCAAAUCCCGAGCAUCGCAGUGAUUUCUGUCUCGGUCAACUUCCGAGCAGAUAUGCACUUCCAAGCUGCGAGUUGUUCCCCGGCUGAGGAGUGUUCCUGGGGUAUAGGCUAUGAUGAAGGCGGAUUCAGUGCUUCUGUCGGCUUGGAUUCCUUCAAGCAAGACUUCAAGCUGCUGCCUGAGCUGUGGACAGACAAUCCCAGUGGUAUGGCCGAUCGCAAAGCCAACAUAUCCUCAUUCGGUGUUCUAGGUGCAGCGUUUGGCUCCCUCCUCGCCCUGGUUCUUACAGACAGAAUCGGCCGCCUGCGAUCAUGGCAAGUAUUUGUUUUACUCUGGGCGACCGGGACAUUCAUCCAGGUCUUUUCCUCGGGAAUCCUUAGCUUGAUGCUCUUUGCACGGAUCUGGGGAGGACUCGGUUCAGGAGGCCUCACAGUCGCCGCACCGCUGUAUCUGUCUGAGAUUGCACCGGCCGCGUCCAGAGGAACCAUUGUGAGCAUCUACAUGGUCAUCCUGCUGUCCUUCCUCACAAUCGGCUUCUUCAUCAACUUCGGCGUCGAGUCUGGAAUGGAAUCCGGUCGAGCCCAGUACCGUCUCGUCCAAGGAAUCCCCCUCGUCCCUGUCGGAUUCGCCUUCUUCUGCUCCUUUUUCGUCUCCGACACUCCUCGCUGGCUCGCAUCCAAAGACCGAGACGAUGAAGCACUCGCGGCCCUCACGCGCCUUCGUGGCUCAACUGACCCGGACGAUGCCUCUCUGGCGCUCGAAUACCGCGCCAUCCAAGAGCAGGUCCGGAUGAAGGAGCAGAGUCUCGGUGACGCGUCCACUUGGACCGUCAUCAAAGAGAUCGCAGCCUGCACCAGCUACCGCAAGCGAUUCCUCCUCGGGGUGCUCAUGCAAACGGUUGCUCAAUGGAGUGGAGGCAACGGUAUCACAUACUACAUUCCUCAGAUCUUCACAUACGCAGGAGUCGUCGGCAAUGAUACCUCCCUCAUCACCUCGGGCGUAUACGGGGUCGUCAAGCUCGUCUUCACCAUGGUCUUCACCUGGGGCCUCGUCGACAUCGUCGGCCGGCGCCGCUGCAUGCUAACCGGCGUCGGGCUGCAGUGCAUAACCCACGUAUACCUGUCCAUAUACAUGGCCCUGUUCCGGGGCGGCGAUAACAAACCCGCAUCAGACGCAGCCAUUGCCUCUGUCUUCAUCUACGCCAUCGGCUGGUCCAUCGGUUUGUGCACGGUGCAGUAUCUAUACGCAGCGGAAAUCUUCCCGACGCGCAUCCGCAGCGUCUGCUACGCGACAAACAUGGCGCUACAUUGGUUCUUCCAGUUUGCGAUCGUGCGGGUGACUCCGAAUAUGUUGUUGAACCUGGACGUGUACGGGGCGUUUGUGUUCUGGGCGCUGGUUUGUGCGGUUGGGUGGGCCUUGCUGGCGGUGAUGGCGCCGGAGACUAAGGGCGUUCCGAUGGAGAGGAUGGAGGAGUUGUUUGGUGGGAGAUGGUGGAUGGGAUGGAAUGCUAGGGUUGAUUUAUCAGAGACUCCGUGUGCAGAUGCGCAAAAGGCCGGCGUUGUGGAGAUUGAAAGGGUCUUAUAG